GGCGGCGGCGGCGGCCACGACCCAGACAUCUGGGACUGUUGUUGUUCUCUCGCUGUGCGACCGCCUCAGUCGGUUCGUGCAGAAAAAGACCCGGAGCUGGUUUGGUGGGAGCGGGCAGCCGUAUCCCCCUCUCUUCUGCUUCCCCAAAGCUGCAGCAGGAGCUGGCUCAGACACCCCGCGGUUGGUCGGUCUCCGAUGCCCUUCAGUGAGGAGGGGGCGUCAGAACCCUGGUGAGCGCAUCUCAGGCCCCCCCAAACCAGUGUCUUCGCGGCCCCUCAGGCCCUCACACCCCAGUCUCGCUGCCAUGGCUGAAAAUGCAGAGGGGGACCUGAACUCCAACCUGCUCCACGCCCCCUACCACACCGGGGAUCCUCAGCUAGACACGGCCAUCGGGCAAUGGCUUCGUUGGGAUAAGAAUCCCAAAACAAAAGAGCAGAUUGAAAAUCUGUUACGGAAUGGGAUGAACAAGGAGCUCCGGGAUCGUCUUUGUUGCCGAAUGACUUUUGGGACUGCAGGACUUCGUUCUACUAUGGGGGCAGGAUUUUGCUAUAUUAAUGACCUUACAGUAAUACAGUCAACACAGGGAAUGUACAAAUACCUUGAAAGAUGUUUCUCAGACUUCAAGCAGAGAGGCUUUGUUGUUGGGUAUGACACGCGGGGUCAAGUAACUAGCAGCUGCAGCAGCCAGAGACUUGCUAAACUUACUGCUGCAGUCUUACUAGCCAAAGAUGUUCCUGUGUACCUUUUUUCAAGAUAUGUUCCUACACCUUUUGUACCAUAUGCAGUCCAGGAGCUCAAAGCAGUUGCAGGUGUGAUGAUUACUGCUUCUCACAACCGCAAAGAAGACAAUGGAUACAAGGUUUAUUGGGAAACUGGUGCUCAGAUCACAUCUCCUCAUGAUAAAGAAAUUCUGAAAUGUAUAGAAGAAUGUGUGGAACCUUGGAAUGGUUCCUGGAAUGAUAAUUUAGUGGAUACCAGCCCACUGAAGAGAGAUCCUCUGCAGGACAUUUGCAGAAGAUACAUGGAAGAUCUUAAAAAGAUAUGUUUUCACAGGGAAUUAAACUCAAAGACCACCUUGAAAUUUGUACAUACAUCUUUCCAUGGGGUUGGACAUGACUAUGUGCAGUUGGCUUUUCAGGUGUUUGGUUUCAAGCCUCCAAUUCCAGUACCAGAACAAAAAGAUCCUGAUCCAGACUUUUCUACUGUUAAAUGCCCAAAUCCUGAAGAAGGAGAAUCUGUGCUGGAACUUUCUUUGAGACUGGCAGAGAAAGAAAAUGCCCGAAUUGUGCUAGCUACAGAUCCUGAUGCAGACCGGCUGGCAGUGGCAGAACUUCAGGAGAAUGGUCAUUGGAAAGUUUUCACAGGGAAUGAGUUGGCAGCUUUGUUUGGGUGGUGGAUGUUUGACUGCUGGAAGAAAAAUACAUCAAGAAAUGCUGAUGUGAAGAAUGUUUAUAUGUUAGCCACCACAGUCUCUUCCAAAAUUUUGAAGGCAAUUGCACUUAAAGAAGGAUUUCAUUUUGAAGAAACAUUACCAGGUUUUAAAUGGAUUGGAAGUAGGAUAAAAGACCUCCUGGAAAAUGGGAAAGAAGUUCUUUUUGCAUUUGAGGAGUCAAUUGGUUUUCUGUGUGGCACUUCGGUUUUGGAUAAAGAUGGGGUGAGUGCAGCCGUAGUCGUUGCCGAGAUGGCAGCUUACCUGGAAACCAUGAAUAUAACAUUGAAACAGCAGCUCAUUAAGGUCUAUGAAAAAUAUGGUUAUCAUAUUUCAAAAACUUCAUAUUUCUUGUGUUAUGAUCCAAGUACCAUCAAAAGUAUAUUUGAAAGGCUUCGCAAUUUUGAUUCUCCAAAAGAAUAUCCAAAAUUCUGUGGGACGUUUGCUAUAUUGCACAUACGGGAUGUUACCACUGGCUAUGACAGCAGCCAGCCUAAUAAGAAAUCAGUACUGCCUGUGAGUAAAAACAGCCAAAUGAUUACAUUCACUUUUCAAAAUGGCUGUGUCGCUACUCUUCGGACAAGUGGGACAGAACCAAAGAUAAAGUAUUAUGCGGAGAUGUGUGCAUCCCCUGAGCAGAGUGACACUGCCUUCCUAGAAGAGGAAUUGAGGAAACUCAUUGAAGCUUUGAUUGAGAAUUUUCUUGAGCCUAGUAAAAAUGGACUGAUCUGGCGUUCUGUUUAGUGCACACCAGUACGCCAUGACUUGGCACCGGCACAUGGAACAGAACAACCAGGAAUUCCAUGCAUUGAAGUCGUGUUAGCAUUCUCUAUCUCAUCUGGUCAAGUAUCUUUGCACUUCAAUUUUCUUUCUUUCGGUGGGCUGAUGAAACAAACUGUAUAAGUUCGAAAGGAAAUGAUCUGGAGAGAAAGGAUUCGAAUUUUUUCAUAAUCUUGAACAAAUGUCAUUGCAUUAAAAGUAUUCUAGUAA